AUGUCCAAGCCGAGCAUCCUACUUAUUGGUGGCGCGUGGCAUACACCCGAGCAUUUUCGGCCCCUUCGAAACUUGUUGGAGAAGGCUGGAUAUGCCGUCCUCUGCCCCCGCCUGCCAACCAACAGCCUCUACCCCCCGCAAGAUGCACUCGAGCAAGGCGUCAAACUCGUCCGCACCCUCGCCACGCAGCUGAUUGACGAGGGUAAGGAGAUUAUCGUCCUGAUGCAUUCCUAUGGCGGCUACUUCGGCACCGAGGGCUUAACAGGCCUUGGCAUCAAGGAGCGCGCUCCCAAGGGACUGGCCGGCGGAAUCAAGUGGUUGGCGUACAUGGCCGCAGGCCUCCCACGGAAGGGAAUGGGUGCGAGCGAUAUCGAAGUCCCCAUCUUCGAGGAUGUCGGGAAAGGCGGCCCAGUCGACCCCAUGUCAAUGGUAUUCGAAUUCGAUCUGGUUCUCCUCCCCAGGGAUCCCGUUGCAAUGUUCUACCACGAUGUGCCAGAGGAUUUGCGGAAGCAGGCUGUUGCGGAUUUGACUGGGUUUGCAAAGUGGGGUCUGAUGGCAAAGGUCGACAAUGAGUCGUGGCGCAACAUCGACGUCGCGUACUUGAAGUGUACAGAUGACCGGGCUUUGCCGUUUCCUAUGCAGGAAAAGAUGAUUCGGGAUGUUCAGGAACUUGGGAUUGAGGUGAGGGUGAGCAGUUGCGACUCGAGUCACAGUCCGUUCUUGAGCCAGCCUCAGACUGUUGUUGAUUGGAUCGAGGGUCUAACUGCCGUGUAG